UGUCCCAAGAGCCGGGGACCACGUUAAACUACCACUGCAUGUUUUUAAAGCCCUUCCAACACUGCAGUCAUGUGGCCAGUAGUAUGGACAGCCAUGCGGACAUAUGCUCCUUACAUAACCUUUCCCGUAGCCUUUGUGGUGGGGGCUGUGGGCUACCACCUGGAGUGGUUCAUCAGAGGGACCCCCACUCCCAGACCCGGGGAGGAGAAGAGCAUUGUGGAGCUGAGGGAGGAGAGGAAGCUGGAGGAGCAGGCUGGCCACGAUAGUACCCAGGUCCUCAGCCUGAAGGAGAAACUGGAGUUCACCCCCAGGGCAGCACUUGAGAGAAACCGACCAGAGAAGAGCUAACCGUUCCUGGGCAGGGGACCUGAAUCUCCCCCAACCCCAACCAUGUAGCUCUGGUUCAGUGGGGAAGGAGUUCUGCGUUUGUGAUUAGGUGUGACAAUAUGGAGGACUUGUCUUUUUGAUUCAGCUGAAGUCCUUGGGCACUCAAACUUGUGACUAGUUAGUUUUGAUCAGUUUGCCUGGUCUGAACUUUCAAUACGCACAUAUUGCAAAUAUAAAGUCAUCUUUCUCGUGGGGUUGUUUGAGAGAGAUAAAUAGAGUAUAUUUCAAGAAGAUCAGCAUUUUAUAGAAAAGUGAAUGGUGGUUGAUUUCUUUGGAGACACAAUUCCUGAGGUGGUUGGCAGAUAAUAAAGAAAGAAUGAGGGAGACCCUGAGGGCUCUUCUCCACAAGUUAGAAUGGGUUCCAGUCAGUGCACAUAACAAAAAAUGAGUGCUUGCUCUCGUCUUGUCUUUUUUGCAUUUUUCUUUUCUGGGGGGCUGGGAUCCAAUCAAAACUUGAGUUUGUGUGCGUCUGUGAGGAACUCAAACUAACUUGUCUUUGCUUUCAGUCAUAUUGGUGUAUGUAUUUACCUAGUAUGCUUUCAUUUUAGAAAGUCAUGCUGUGACAGGUACCAGGCUACCGUGGUAGGUCUGGAUGAAGAUGCCUCAUCUGGUACUUUAGUUUGGAAAUUGCACACAGUGUCAAAUAUUUGUAUUUUACCCUACAAUAAAUCAUACCCUAAUAAACAUGUUAUAGAGACA